CGAAAGCCAAAGUUGGACUGUUGCCGGGCAGCGCACUAAGCGCAGCUUUUUACCUUUUCAAUCUGUGAACCCUCGAAGAUUAUAGGGAAAUAUGGAGGAAUAUGGCGAAAGUGACAUUUUCCAGCAUUUACUUGGUAUGAAUUUGGUGCCAAGAAAAAAUGCAACUCACAGUUACAACGACACGUCUCUUGGUGAUUUCUCAGAAAUGUGGUAUGGAGUUUUUCUCUGGGCAGCAGCCUCCUCUUUGAUCUUCCACCUGCCCGCAUCCCUACUAUCGUUCCUUGCAUUACGGCAGCACAAAAUGGCCCGCUUGAUGCCCAUUGCCAUCCUCUUAAUGGGUAUCGUUGGGCCCGUGGCUGGAGGAGUCCUCACAAGUGCGGCCAUUGCAGGAGUUUACAAGGCAGCGGGGAAGAGGAUGAUCUCUGAGGCUUUAGUUUUCGGCGUGGGACAGUCCUUUUUGAUUGUUGUUAUUUCGUUCCUCCGAGUGCUCGCCACCCUUUAGCAGCACGGAGGCGGCUGGCUCGUCCUCAGAGCUCGUCGCAACUUGCUGUGGCUCGGACAAAUUGAGACACGUCGGGCCUUGGAGGUGCUCUUCGGAUCAAGCCACGUCGAGCAAACUCAAGUGCAAAAAGUGAAAUGCGGUACCUAGUCCGAGGAGCCGUACUUUAGUUUGCAGGACAACAUUCGCCGAUGAGGAAAUUGUGUUUGACGUUACCCAAUGGCACGGACACAUUGACACAUCAUAUUUCACUUUUUCGGGGAACUCGGCAUUUAGAAGUUGAGAGAGUGAUUUCGAACCUCUUUUAUUCUCAACAGAGGUAUUGGUGUCGUUUGUGUAAAGAUCAAUCAUGAUAAGCACGAGGGCAGCAGGCUGCUCUCUGUUGCCGGAUUUUAGUAAUAUUUUAGAUGUUUUCACUCUAAUGGGUCUCGUGUGCGUGAUAAUUUUCCUUUUGUUGUUUUGUUUCAGUUUGACCUUGUUGAAAAAAUGCCUGGAGGACAGUCAGUUCAAUUCGAUCUCAAAGGGAACGGUUUUCAAAAUAAAUAAUAAAGAGUAAAUGUCCUUUAUAGAUUUAAAGGAAUAUGAUGAUGAUUGUACUGAUUCUUUUUUCCUCUUUUUUUAACCCUUAUUUUGUCACAGGGUUUUACUGUAAUGAUCUGACGACCGCAAAGCUCUUGUAGCUCCGAGCUGCCUCGCAUCAAUGCAUAACCCACAAAAGAGCAUUUUGGCUCAUUUUUGACCAAAUGGGAGUUCUGUCAUGUCGUCCACUUUGACCCGCUUUUUAAAUCCCUUACAACGAUCUGACAUCUUAACUUGGCCUCCUCAAGAUCUACUUCCAAAAACCUUGAACAUGAAUGUUUAGCAUCAAGUGUGUGAAUUUGAGAUAUUAAUAUUGAAUGGGGGCUCGGUAAAGUCCUUAAAAUCCGUGUUGAUUCCCAAAACAUGCAUGGCAGGCUGAUUGAACACUCCAAAUUGCCCCUAGGUGUAAGUGUGAGCAUGGAUGGUUCUUCAUCUCUGUGUGCCCUGCAAUUGGCUGGCAACCGGUUCAGGGUGUCCCCUGCAUACUGCCCGAAGACAGCUGGGAUAGGUCCAGCACCUCCCGCGACCCUUGUGAGGAUGAAUCGGAUCAGAAAAUGGAUGGACGGAUUGAUGUAGUUCACCUCAACCAUUGAUAAUAUUGUCCAUGAAGAGUUACUCACCUCAUAUAUUUUGCAAUAGCAAAUCAUGACAUCAUAAUUUCAUGAAUGAAUUACAUUUAUUUUCCUUGUUUCUGUACAGUUCAAGUAAAUUUGAGCUGCUUCGCAACACAAAAAGUGGUGUCCAAUCCUUAAACGAUUUCUACACAUUUUAUUCGGGUACGAGUCUCAAUUCAGUGAUAUCCUCUAUCGAUCUAAACCGUAGGUGGCUUGAUGUUUUGUUUUGUUUUUUUGGGGGGUGUAAUCUAUAAUCGCAGGUUUUGGACGGUUGUGAUGUUGGUUCACUGAUGAUAGCAACCGUGUGUGUCUGAUGUUGCUCGCCGUGGUCAAAGGAUUACCCCCUUGGGGUGCGAAUACUCAGUGGCAUUGAAAAUGAGACACUAAUUUGCUCUGUGCCCUUUGCUUUCAUACAUGAGUUUACAACCAUUUCAAUUUUGUUGUUACUUUACAAGACGAGCCCUCCUGAUUCCAAUUUCGCUCUCUCGACGCAAUGAUGGAGGAAUUGUCAGGAAAAUCCGACUUUUCAGCCAGCUGCUGCCAUUUUGAUGUCAAUUGCAGUCGGUUUACCUGAUGCAAGGCGCGCUCUCCGAAACGCUGUAAAUAAACAUGCGACAAAGCAAGGA